AUGCGUGAUGUCCGUCCCUCAGUGUCUGUAACGGAAGGAAAAACACAGGACCUACCUGUCACAUUCGCGGAUAUUCCGAGACUGAAUGGUCCUAGUGCUGGCGGCAGGGUGUCCAUUAUUGAUGGCCGAUUAUCUGCUUUGGAAAAUGCCGCAAGCAUGCGACCUGGGAUCUUAGCACGUGACAACAGGUCACGGCUGUCCACGCACACGAGAGAUGUAAAGUCAAGGGCGUCUGUUGUCACGAGGGAUGUAAAAUCACGUGCGUCGUCCGGUGGCCGACAUCGGGACAACAGUGCAGGUUUCUUUAGAAAGGGUCGCACGGAUCUUUCCUCGGCAAGUAGAGAGCUGUUGAGGAAACGACUGUUUACUACGGCUGAACACAUGAGAAAGGGCCAGAGAGUGAAGAGGGGUCAGGUAACAGAUUUCAUUUUCGACGGCAUUCCGGGUCUAGGAUUGGAAAAAGGCACUGGACAGUUGGGUCAUUUGUUCACUGCCUUAAGACCUCGACCCGAGACUAUUAAGAACUGGCCGGAUGACGUUCUGUCCCAGCGGUUUUACUCCUCCCACGAUCAACGUCAUGCCAUUCCAAAAUCCCUCGGCAGACUUUGCAAAUCAUCAAAGGGCCAGAGUGACGUCAUGUCUCGAUCCGGGUUCAGUGUAACCACCGGAAGGACUGGAGAGACUGUCGCCAGCGCCACCUCGUGUCGUGCUGUAACGAGUGCCACGUCAUCAAUAUCAGAUUAUCCGACAGAAAAAAAGAUGCCGCAACUUCUUGAAGAAUUUUACACGGAUAAAAAGUAUUUGGACAAGUUUGUUGAAUACACAGGACGCGGAUCUGACGAGAGAAUAUAUGCCGAGAGAGGGCGUACUUUUCUGAAUAACAGAGCGAGCUAUUGGGCAAAACGAGGGGGAUUGCCCAACCGACCUCCUGCAACUAACCUGGGGCUCCGCCUGGCCAGGGAACGCAGUACAACGGUCUUUUGA